AUGCUGGGCCAGGGCUUCAGCCCGGACGCGGUUGACUACGGCAACCGCACUGGACUCAUGCUGGCCGCGGCAAACGGGCAAAAGGUGGGCACAGCCACAGCCACAGACACAGGCACAGCCACAGACACCAAGACCGCUGGGCUCGUGGCCAUCACGUUGUGA